AUGGCUGGGUUACUAACAAAUGCUCAUUAUUGUAUUGACAUCCUCAAUCAGGGCAAUCUGAUCGGGGUAAUGGGUAUCGACUUACAUCUGGCCGAAAUCCUCGAUGUUGUCGCUCACUUCUCCCGGGACGGCGGUGGCGGUGGCGGUGGUCGUGGUCCUGGAGAGGGAAUGGGACGCGUCCAGGGCGGAUCAGUAGCCUUCGUAGUACAUGCUCCAGGCGGCCACACCUUAAUGCAUCCUGGGCUCGCUCAACUAGCCACUGGAGAUCUAGCCCGUCCACCUGGUGCAACCACCUUCUCCAACCCAUCCGAUAUAGCCGAUAAGACCACAGCAUCUCCCCGUAAGCCUCGCAGAAAGCUGGAAUCUACGCCGGCGUCAGAUCGCCGUCAUUCAUUCGGCUCUACUAUUGUAGGUGACCCAAAGGCUCAUGGUCAGUCUGUCUCUUUCGGCGAUACCACCGACACUUCCACCACUCUGACUGCGAGAGAGGCCGAGCGAACUGGGGCCUCAGUCGCUUUAUUCAAUUCUUCACUCUCCUUACCUCACUCCACUUCGAAGUCAACUGGCUCAUUUGGUCUUCGAAAUGGUGUCUCGGAGCCCACUCGUCCUACACUAAAUUUCAGCACACUUCUCGGCAGUUUGUCAUCCUCGAUUAUGGCUUCUAGGAAAAGGCGAGCGAACGUGUCGAUUCUUAGCGCUGGCCACGUGAUGGGGGCAACAAGUGGUACCGUUCCUCCCGUUCUUGGGAUAAACGACGUUGACAAGGAAGCUAACGAGAGGCCUGGCCCUAAUUCCGCAUCAAAUACGCCUAUCGGUUCAUCCGUUCCUCCUUCUUUUUUAUCCUCGAAUAUGCCGGUGCUACACGCAGAUAUUAGUCUAUUCGAACGAGUGCCUGGGUUCGUUGAACGAGUGCGGCGGCCUUUGCUCACCCAGACUGAAGGCAAGAUCAGCUUUAUCGUACAAUUGGAUGCCAGCCAUAUCCAUAUUCCAGCUUUUUCGCCAAUUUGGACUACUCGGCCUCCCUCCAGAUCUUCUAUCUACAAAACUGGCACAUUCCAGCGUUCAGGAGCCAGCACUCUAGCGUCUGUGUCAGAUGCGCGCCACAUGCCCCCGCCGAAUAGCAGUUCAGAACAUUCACUUGUCCGUAUCACUUACCGAUGGAAACGAAUAAGCAAUCCAGUGACCCCCUUCGUUGUUGCUAUCCGUUCUGUGGAUCCUGUCGAUGCGCCUCCUUUGAGACGCUUGAUUGAAUUAGGCAAGUCCGUCCAUUUAUUAAUGCUAGUCACUGACCAACAUCAUAUAUAUCACCGUCUACACUCAAUAAACUGGCCCUUUGCCGAGUUUUAG